AUGCCUCUCGCUAACAAGAUUGGUGUCAAUGGAUUCGGCCGCAUUGGUCGUCUGGUUGUCCGCGCCGCUGUUGAGAAGGGCGUUGAAGUGGUGGCCAUCAACGAUCCCUUCAUUGAUGUGCACUACAUGGUGUACAUGUUCCGCUAUGACAGCACCCACAACAAGUUCAAGGGUGAGGUGAAGGAGGAGGGUGGCCUGCUGGUCAUCAACGGCAAGCCCAUUCAGGUGUUCCAGGAGCGCAACCCCGCUGACAUUCCCUGGGGCAAGGCCGGCGCUGAGGUGGUCGUCGAGUCGACCGGCGUCUUCACCACUCUGGAGAAGGCCAAGUCUCAUCUGCAGGGCGGCGCCAAGAAGGUUGUCAUCUCCGCCCCGUCGGCUGAUGCUCCCAUGUACGUCAUGGGCGUGAACCACCAGGCUUACGAUCCAUCGCAGGACAUCAUCUCCAACGCUUCCUGCACUACCAACUGCCUGGCUCCCCUCGCCAAGGUCAUCAAUGACAACUUUGGCAUUGAGCAGGGUCUGAUGACCACUGUGCACGCCACCACCGCCACCCAGAAGACUGUGGACGGCCCCAGUGGCAAGCUGUGGCGUGAUGGUCGUGGCGCUGCCCAGAACAUCAUCCCUGCCUCGACUGGCGCCGCCAAGGCCGUCGGCAAGGUGAUUCCCGAGCUGAACGGCAAGCUCACCGGCAUGGCUUUCCGCGUGCCCGUCCCCGAUGUGUCUGUCGUUGAUCUGACCGUCACCCUGAAGAAGGCGGCCACUUACGAUGAGAUCAAGGCUGCCGUGAAGGCCGCCUCGGAGAGCGACAAUCUCAAGGGCAUUCUCGGCUACACUGAGGAGGAGCUCGUCAGCUCUGACUUCAUCUCUGACCCGCGUAGCUCCAUCUUUGACGCCAAGGCUGGCAUUCAGCUGACUCCCACCUUUGUGAAGCUGAUCUCGUGGUACGACAACGAGUAUGGCUACAGCCACCGCGUCAUCGACCUCAUCAAGUUCAUCAGNCUCUGA